AUGAAGGUCUCACUCACUUCCGUCCUUCUCGUGGCUUCUUUCGCCACACUGGGCUUCGCUGCCGGCCUUCCCGACGUCAACGAACAAGGCGUGGGCAAGCGUUCCGUCGGUCUUAAAGAAUUCUUCGCGGAGAAUCAGGACUUGAUGGAAAACCCUGACGGCCAUCUAGUGUGGGACUCAGAUAAGGAGAAGAUGAGUGUCGUCACACCCAAGAAUCAAGUUGUCUCGGACAAGAUCGACGGCAGCGACGAAGAAUACCUCAACAACUUCUUUAAAACAGCGGACGAAGCGAGAGGAAAGGGUGACACGCGCGCGCGGAGGGAUGUUCCGCGCGUUGGGACAAGCAAGAUCAGACGGGGCCAGCCGAACCCCGUUUGGCCAGACAAGAGGGAUCCGUGGGAAAAACGCUGCACAGUAUUUUCUUACUUGAAUCGUUAUGGCGGAGGAGUACGAGGCUAUUCCAUGCUUAUCAUCAUCCAAGAGUUGAUGCACCGAACCUACGUCGAGAUAGAAGGACGAGCACCGCGACGCGACCAGAUCCCGAAGCCAUGCGACCACUUCGACUUGAUCGUCGGAACCGGAACCGGCGGGUUGAUUGCCAUCAUGUUGGGUCGCCUGCGCCUGAACCUGGAACAGUGCAAGGAGCUGUAUGUGGAGAUGACCCGAAUGGUUUUCGAGACGGACAAGACGAUUGCCGGCAUUCCCUACCGCUCGACCCUGUUCAAGGCCUCGAUGCUUGAACACGCUAUUAAGGAAGCCGUCAGAGUACACACCUACUCUGACGAUGAAGGAAAUGAUGCUGUCACUGGGGACCUGGUCAGUCCAUUAUCUACAACCUCUAGAACCAGUGCUGUUCCUGGUCCGAGGCGACACCAGAGCAAUGCCAGUACCGUCAGCUUCAGUGCACGAAGCCCAAACCAGGGCCGAUCACCAUUCAGGGGUGGGUCGGGCGACCCCAACGCAAAGUUGUAUGAUUCUAGAGAGGACAGGACAAAAACUGCCGUUACCGCCAUGUAUAAAGGUACUGGCAGGGGUGGAGAACCAGCAGUUUUACGGUCAUACGACUCAAGGAAAGAACCGGCCCCUGAGUACGAUUGCAAGAUCUGGGAGGCAGGCCGAGCGACUUGUGCCGUGGGACUGGCCUUCAAGCCGGUCAAAAUUGGACAGUCAGUGUUCCACGACGACGGCGCCGGAACUUUCAAUCCGUCUCCCUUUGCACUCGACGAAGCCACCGUCAAUGAGUGGCCAGGCCGAGAUGUCGGCGUGUUUAUCAGCGUAGGGACCGGCAGACGCCCGAAGAGCACCGACCAGAACCAACAUGUGUGGUACGAAGGCUUCAUGGGUGACUACGUGGAGGCGAGGAAGAAGUUGAUUGCCAAAAUCGAGGGCUGCGAAGUUAUCCACGAGCGCAUGAAAAAGGAUCUCUUAAUCAAGCGAGGUGUUAACAUCGAGAAUUAUUACCGAUACAAUGUCGAAAUAGGGGUUGGCGAGUUCGCCAUGAAUGAAUGGCAUCGGUUGGGCGAAAUCAGCACCGGCACGAGGAGAUAUCUCUCCAGGGAGGUCGAGCAGAGGAUGGUACAGGAAUCCUCGACAAAACUCGCCAAGAUACAUAAAGCAAAGGAACGGUACAACCGAUUCAGCAAUGGUUCUGAAACUGUUGCACCGCCGCCAUCCAUGGGCUCAAUCAAUGCGCCGUUGGCAGUUGAGCUCCCGGGCGACAUGCCGUCAUUUUCCCCGAGUCACAACCGUCCUCCAAGCCGGUCGUCAUACGAUUCUGGAGUGGACCGUCUCUCCAUCCCUGGAUCAAUACCUCCCAACACCCCGUCGCCCCGUAGCUCUAAUGAGCGCUUCCAAUCCCCGAAUAGUCACAAGGCGUCUUCUCCACCUCAGCUGGCUACAAUUCCACAAUACAAGCCUCCGUCCCCCACUCGCCUGUCAGAAGUGACCAAGCCGCCCCCAGACGACGAUCCUGAUCGUUUGAUGGGCCACGCGCCCACGCCAUCGCAGUAUCGUUAUGCUUCGGGCUCAGACAAGGUCGCAAUCACCGGUGCCGACGAAUACUCACGCAAACAGCAAAGUGACCCAUUCACGGCACAGCAACACUUACCACACCGUAUCGAGCCACCGCCCCUUCCCCCAAAAACUCCACUACCCGAGACUCAGUCAGCUGGCGGCCGGCGGCCAGGCCCGCCUGGUCAAGCGCCUCUACCGUAUCCUAUGGAUGAUGACAGGCCGCCUCCAGCUGUUAAUAUGGCGAUGAAACCGGGGUUCAGGGGAAGGUAA